GAGACCCUGAGGUCCAAAUCAGCCCUCACAGCGAGCCUAGCAUAGAAGUCCACUCAUCUGCUAGACUGAGCAGUGCUGCACCCACAUCCACUCGUUUGGCUGUGCUUCAGUCAAUCAGCUGAUUUCAUCACGACAGCUUCACUUCUGAGAAACCCAACGACUUACCUGCGCACGUCUUUUCGGAGUGCUCAAAAUGAAUCUUGAGCCACCCAAAGCUGAAAUCAAAUCAGCUACCCGUGUAACAGGAGGCCCUGCCACUCCUCGCAAGGGCCCGCCCAAGUUCAAGCAGCGGCAGACCCGACAGUUCAAGAGUAAGCCUCCAAAGAAAGGAAUUCAAGGCUUUGGAGAUGACAUUCCUGGCAUGGAGGGCUUGGGCACAGAUAUCACCGUCAUCUGCCCCUGGGAGGCCUUCAACCACCUGGAGCUGCACGAGCUGGCCCAGUACGGCAUCAUCUGAGGCUUCCCGUUAUGGGCCGAGUGUUUCCGACCACCUGCCUCAGGCUCCAUCCCAAACCUCUAAACGGAACUGUUCUAAACAAGAAACCAAAAUAACGAACUGUAACAAACAUAAAAAUCGGAAAAAGAGAAAAAAGUGACCAAAAAAAAAA